GUCUAUCGUCCCUCAAAAGAGUUCAACUGCCGAAGUCUACUCUUCUCACUACAGCAGUGGGAAGAAGGAAAAAGGAUCUUUAUACCCGAUUAACUUCUUAAACCAUUAAUUAAUCUUUAAAAACGUUUAUUCCAGUGCUUUCUUUGUAUCAUCCAUGCCUGAAGAAGCUAGUUCUCUGAAGGUGCAGAAGCAAUCUGAGAAAGCAGGUGAAAAGAUGAAAGACAAGCUGGGGAAACUUGGUGUAGCAAACCUGGCAGUAAGAGUUUGCCGAUUAAGGAGAUACUGGGAAAUGGGAUGGACGAUACAUCUUCAACUAAGAAGAAGAACAACGGAGUGCAAGACAAGGGAGAGAAACAUGAUGAGAUUUUUGCAAUUAAGAAGCAGUGGAAGAAAGAGUUGGAGGAGGUAAAGAGAGUUUGUAACACAAAAAUUCAGCAAAGAAAUUGAAGACAAGUUGGGUGUCUCAAGGUAUUGCAUUGGUGGAUCCACCAUCUGAUGGGCUCAGUAUCUACUCUGAAACUGAGCUAGGGAUUGCAAAUUCUGACACUCGCUUUACUGAUUCUUCUCCGAAGUGCUACUGCAAAUGUCCGCCCGAUAUAGAUACGCUUCCAAGUGUCCGAAGCGACAUCUCCAUCCAAGCAAUUAGAAUUUCAUGAGGAAGUUUUACUGCAAGAAACACUGUCAAGUUGUCUACAUCUAAUAAAUUGACACUCGCUUUACGGAUUCUGCCCCAAAGUGUGAAUACUAGAACAUCUCCGCGAAAAUCCUUACAUUUUCCCUCUACAAGUAGCAGCGUAACCCAGGGCCACGUCGAAAAGACUACUCUUGUCUACUGGAUGCCCCAAAUCUUAAUCUUAAUGGUUUGCGGUUACCUUACGACAAUUUGAUCGGCUCAUAUUAUGGUAGCUUGAGUACUUUUAUGACUAUAACCCAUCCUCCGCGGGAGCGUAUAGCAAAAUAGCUCAGGAUGGAGUCUGUGGCAUGUUGAACCCACAAGUAGCGGCGGAACCCAGGAGCCAGGGCCAUAUCCAAAAACAGAACCUUGGUCUGUCUGUGGGGGUGCCCAAAAUCGUAAAGGCCGGGUGCCUGUGUAUUCAGAAAUAACGGAGGAAUUUUCUUAUAUAAACAGAGUGUGUAUUCCUCUGCUUCCUCUUCUUCUCUCUGAAACUGAAAGAAACAUCAACUCUACUGAUAUUUAUCAUUGGAAACCCUAAUUCAAGAAGUCCUAUCAAUCCCCAGUAACUUUAAGAAAAAAAAUUCAAUAACUUCAUUGGAAAAACCCAAUUUCUUAAAGAAAUUCGUCUCAACUUUUAACCCAAGAAUCCACAUUUACUGCUGAGUUUGAAGAUCAUGGAAGGAGGAGAUGAAAAAAAACGAAGAAUUGGUCCUGAGAUUAAAAGAAAUAUUCGUGACAUCCAACAUGAGCGUGUGAAAAGAAGAAGAACAAGUUCUAGUAUUCUUCAGGAAGAUUUAGAUCAUCAAGAAAUGGGUCCUCAUACUAUUUUGCAGAUGGAUAAUCAAGAAGGUGAUGGGAUUCUAUUUACAAAGAGGAAACGAACAGAUGCUUCAGAUUCAGCACGGAGGCUGCACCAAGAACCGAAACUUGCCCUUAAAGUGGAUAAUGAUGCCAAUGCGAAGUUAGCCAAGUCACUUACUACAGAAGUGAGAAACAAGUGGCUUGGGAUGCUGUUCAAGGACAUCACCGCAGCUGGCGGUGAUUUCUCCUCACAACUUACCUCAGUCUUAAUCGAUCUCGAGAAAUCUUGUGCUGUAACCCAUGGGCACAGUUUGCGAAAGUACCAAAUAAAGCUUAGACAAUUAAGAUUCAACUUGGCGAGAAAUGAGGCCCUUGUGAAGCAAUUAUUAAAUGGAGAUCUAAAAGCUUCUACAGUUGUAGAAAUGAGCCCUGAAGAGUUGAAGACGAGGAGUUUGACAGCAGAAGAUGGAAAACUUAGCAAGGAACCGAUGGAGAUGGAGUGUCGUCUCACGCUGAUAGAUGCUGAUUGUCAAGCUUGUAACGGAAGGAGGGUUUGGAUGAAGAAUCACAUAUUAAAUCCAGGGAGCGAGAUCAUUGGGAAACACUUGGAAUGCCUUGAUUGUGGAAAAGGGUGGUUCUCUCCCAGUGAAUGAAUGUACCAGCAGAGCCGUGUCAGCUGAAUCAUAUGUUCGGAUAGAAGGCUUUCACCAAAGUUGGCAGUUGGUAAUGAUGAUAAACAAUUUUCAUUGACUUUGUGUUUUUGGUUCUCAUUGCUCAUUGGUAAUGUUGUGAGUUCCUGUCUGAAAUCGUUUAAUAUUUAAGUUCUUGUUUGUUUUAACUGGUGUAUUAAGUUCAAAUUGUCGGUCAUAAGAAAGACGUGGUUUCGCUUGGCCGCAGAUUUCAAUUUGAGUUACUGUGUUGU